AUGCUCCCUGCAAAGGCAUUCCCAGCACAACGAAGUGUGGAAGACGCUGACGUCGUCACUCUGAGGCUGAGGACAGUCCCAUCUCUCCUGCCUGCAACAAAGAAUUUUGUGAGAGAAACUGACAGUGGAGGUGACUUGAUCCCUGUCUCCCAUUUGAACGCCUCAGACAAGCUGCAGCUUCUCAGCUUAGUUACAAAGAGGAAGAAAUUCUGGUGCUGGCAGAAGCCCAAGUAUCACUUCUUGACAGUCACCCUGAGUGAUGUGCUUACUGAAGACAAGCCGAUAAAACCAGUAAUUGUGGAGUCUGACUUUGCAAAAUAUAUGGGGAGGUUUGAAGAUUUUGUUCAAGGAAGUAUUGAAACUUCAUUUGGAAGGAUCAGCCUGGGAGCUGGAGGGAAGGGCUACGUGGAAAACCAGUCCUCAUUUGGAAACCUGAGGAAGCAGGAGAUUGACUUGCAGCAGCUUAUGAAAGAUGUCAAGGACAGAACAAUAAAUCUAAACAGUAGUUUACUGCAACAAGUAAUAGAAAGAAAACGUGAAGUGCUGUGCAUCUUGAGAGAAAAGAUAAUAACAACUCAGAAGUGUACAAUAUCUGAACAUAUCCAGACAGAAGAAAAGAUCAGUGGUGUGGUGGGAUGCAGUACAAAAAUAGUAAAGGUUUCAGUGAGUGAAAAUGGAAGUAUGAUGAAGGAUUCUAGUGUGAUCCUUGAAAUUCCUCCUGCAACCACCAUUGCCUAUGGUGUAAUCGAACUGUUUAUAAAGCACAGCGGCCAGUUCGAAUUCUGUCUGCUAGAUGAACAGCAAGGAGGUUUUGAAAAAGAAAGCACAGAAGGCUCAACUUAUCCCCAUUCAGCACUGUUCAGAGAUGCUUUGUUUCUCUAUCAGCCAGAUGCUGUUGAUAAUGAGAUGUACUCUGGGGCUAAAAACCUCAUUCCCAGUGAUGCUUCUUUAAGUGUAUUGAAACAAGAACUGUCACGGUUGAAGACUCAGUUCCAGCCCUUUGUGAAGCUGCCGGAAGACAAGCAAAGAGUUUUAUAUAAAACCCUUUGUGAACUCUUGCUCCGUGAAGAAAUGGUAACUGCCCUGGAGGACGUGUUAGAUGAUAUCUGCACAGGAGACAAGCCAGAUCUGAAGGAGUUAGAACCUGCACAACAGCGAGACCUCAUUGACUUCUUGCGGCUCUUAGGGUGCAGUUUACAGAGUGAGCUGUCGUUACAGGAAUAUCAGCCUCAGGAUGAAGAACUCUUCUCAGCUGCUCACCUCCUCAUCAGUGCUAUCUCUGAGCUGUCUGAUUACACUCUUGUCCUGCUGCGUGCCUGCUGUGAUCUUCAGGUUGUUCCGGCAUUGUGUUGUUUGCCUAACAUCGCUUCAGCCGAUGGCAGCUUGGCGCCAAGCAAUCCUUUGGUGGCUACUCUCACUGACAGAGGAAGAUUUGAUGUCGUGCAAAGGCUGUUUGCUUCAUCAAACAUUAAUUUGGAAAUGACAGAGUCUUCUGUAAAAGCUGUAACUAUGAAAGAACCUAGAUUCUUCCCGCUUGUUCUUUAUGUUGCCUUGUAUGGACUUUAUGCUUUAGGUGGGAAUGUAUAG